AUGAUUUUAUCUCGCCAAGUUGCAGCUUUUGCUGCCCUUAUUACGUCUGUCUCGGCUUCAUGUUCAUUUAGAACGUUUUUGGACCCCUACUCUGUUACAAGCGAGGGACAUGUCCCGGUAUCUUCGUUCAACUAUACUGGCGAAGGUGGCCCCCUUCAUUGGGUCGGGCUGAAUCCCACUGCCAAUUGGGAAUGUGGCUACGAUUAUACACAGUCUCCAAUUGCUAUCGACUCGCAGACUAUCAAAUAUGCGGCCAAAGGCUCAGUGAAGAUGGAUAUCCCAGCCGCCAGGAUGUCACUCUUUGAGAAUCUAGGUUCCACCGUCGAGGUACCUGCCAGUGGAAAGCUCGAAAUCAAGGGCAAGAGCUACAAGCUUGUGCAAUUCCAUUUCCACACUCCCAGCGAGCAUCGAGUCGACGAGGAAUACGCUCCUAUGGAAGUUCAUUUUGUGUUUCAAAGGGUGGAAGAAAAGUCCAUUGCCGUGAUUGGAUUCCUCAUUGAGCUGUCGCCUUACGGACGUUCCACCCCGUUGUUGUCCCAGGUCUUUGCAAAUCUGCAUAAGAUUACAACUCCUGGAUCGGUAACCAAAAUACGACAACUAGAUUUCUCUAGUGUAGUCGAUACCUUACACAAGAACGAUAUGUACACCUACACUGGUUCACUCACAACUCCACCGUGCAGCAACAAGGUUUCCUGGUAUAUUAGUACUGCGCCUCUCUCCAUAGAUGUGGUAACUUUCAACGCGGUCAAGAAAGUGGUUAAGUAUAACGCCCGGUAUACCCAAAACUCACUGGGCAGGGAGAAUUUGUUGGAAAUCGCAGCAGGUGAUAUUGGGUGUCAAGGAAACCGCCUACGUGUUCAGGCUGACCCGUAG